AUGACAAAGACCGAGCCCGAAGCGGCCUCGGCGGAAGCCAGCCCAAACCUCACGAAGCCCUCGAUCCCAUGGCUAGCCAAGAUUCACCCCUACUUUGAAGACGCAGAACACGUCCUAGUCCUCAAACUCGACAUCCUCCUCCUAACAUGGGCCUUCAUCGCCGGCCUCAUGAAGGACAUGGACCAGUCCGCAACAACAGCAGCCUACGUCUCAGGCAUGCAAGAAGCCCUCUCCCUCUACGGCAACGAACUCGUCGAGUUCACAACCUACUUCUCCAUCGGCUACGCCCUCUUCAUCGUGCCCUCCCAACUCAUCCAAACCCGCGUCCGCCCGUCCCUCUGGCUUCCAUUCUGCGAAGUCGUCUGGGGCGCCAUCACCCUCGCGACAUUUGCCGCCAAGAACGCCCGAACCGUAUUUGUCCUGCGCUUCUUCCUGGGCGUGUUUGAGGCGACGUCGUGGCCGGGUAUCGUGAACCUCAUCUUUAACUGGUACACCCCCUCCGAACUCGGUAAACGCCUCGCCAUCUUUGGCGUGAGCAGCCAGGCGGGGAGCAUGUUCCUCGGCAUCCUCCAGGCCGCGCUCUACAAGAACCUCAACGGCGCACACGGCCUCGAGGGCUGGCAGUGGCUCUUUGUUGUCUCGGGUAUCAUGACCAUUGUCUGGGGUCUCUACGGGUUCCUCGUCAUCCCCGACGCGCCGACCACAACCCGCGCCCUCUGGCUCACCGCGGACGAACGUGUGCUCGCUGCUUCACGUAUGAGGAAGUCAGGGACGACGACACAGGAGGUCAUCAAGGGCAAGGCCCUCUGGUCUCGUGUGCGAAAACUCUUUACCUCGCCUAUUACGUACCUCUUCCUCGCGGCAUACCUGCAGUUCGCUUGGUCUCAACGCGCAAACUCGUAUUUCUUGCUCUACCUCAAGGGUCUCAAGGCCGCGGACGGCACGACGGCGCUGUACUCGGUGUACACCGUUAACCUGAUCCCGCUCGGCGGCUACGCGAUCUCCAUCGUGGCGAAUAUAUCUCUCAACGCGCUGAGCGAUUGGAAGGACUGGCGGUGGCAGGUUGCCGUCGGCGCGGCGCUGCUUCAGCUCGUGGCUACCUCUGUCCUGGCGGCCUGGCCCGGUGGAAGGGGCACGAUUAUGACAUUCUACUUCUUGACGUAUGCGACUGCGGCGUGGGGGUACGCGCUGCUCGCGUGGCUUGCGAUCAUCUUGCGCAAGGAGCCUGAGGCGAGGUCGGUGAUUGUUGGACUCGCGGUGACGCUUGUGUAUGUUGGGCAUGCUACUAUUCCGCUGCGGGCAUGGAGGACGGCGGACUCGCCGAGGUACCCUAUCGGGUUCCCGCUGGCGGCUGCGUUUAGUGUUGGGAGUAUCGCUUCGAUCCUCGGGAUGUUGUGGUAUGUCCGCAAGUAUCCCGAUAUUCUCGACUUUGGUCUCAAUUGGAAGUCGUUGAGGGAAGCUGGGGAUAGUGUUGCUACGUUGGAGAAGGUGGAUGUCCAGAGUGACGAUGGGCAGGAAAGCCAGAAGAAGUCUGCCACAGAGGCGACAAAGGCUCUGUGA